UAUUUUAAUAAUUAAAAAUGAAAUUAUGAAAGAAAGCCGUGACAAGAGGGAUUGGAAAAUUCGUUAUACCGCUAAAUUUUUGAAAGUUUUUAAGGAUGACAAAGAUUGUGAAUGUACCAAUAAUAAUUAUUUAUUUACAUCUGCAAAUGAGGGCCUUUGUGGUGUUUAUCUUCAAAAUGACACUGAAUAUUUAAAUUUUGGAUAUUAUCUAAACGGAGAAAGAUAUAUAGGCGUACAUAAGUGGAGAGAGACAUAUAGGUGUGGAUAUAAUAUUGAAUUGAAUUAUGUACCCGAAGAAAUUAAGAGAGAUUUAAAUAAUGGAGCUUUUGACGAUUAUUGUAAAUUACAAACAACAAACACUUCAAAAAUAUAA